AUGGCGACUGUACACAAUGUAGGUACCAAUAAUACUAUGAAUAUAACCACGGUUCCCACGGAGCUGCUGCUCCUUAUUGUGUCGCAACUGUCCAACAUUGAAGACCUGCUCGCAUUGGGUUCGGCCUGCCGUGUGUUUCACGAAAUCAUCACCCAGCAAACCUCUCCACGCGUCAUCCUUCGUCUUUUCGCCUCGUCCGCCCCGACCUUCUGCUCGCCGCAUCCUCACUUUUUAAUUUUAUCGCUGGCUCGUCAAAUCGCGACAUGGACUUUAGCGGAUCCUACGGCGCGGAAGUCGCUGUUGAUUGAGGCCUUUCGGGGGGGAAUCGACUCUUUGUACGAUUUCUGUCUGCAGAACGCCCCAUUUGGCUUGUCACUGGAUCAAAUUCGGCGAAUGCAUGCGAUGCGAUUUAGUAUCAUAAACCCUCUCUCAGACGCGAUCGAUCGCAUGGCCGGGGAACAGUGGUAUAAAACUCCGAGAUUCUGGAAUGGCGGUGUAUCAGAGGCCGAAACACUCCACACCGACUCUGGUCGGGCAACGAUGCAAAUUCUUAUAUACGGAGAGCUUUUUGGAUCCACUAUGGACGUGUUUUUGCGGAAUGGUGGGAAUGAUCGGCCGCUUGAGGAUGUAAUUUUCACUCAAGAAGAUCGCUUUGAAUUUAUCAAAUAUUGCAUACCGGACCUUUGCUGUCGCUCAUGGGGGGAAAUAUUUAAGGUGGAAAGUACUGGCCCCUAUGCACCAGACCUAGAGGGAGAAGGUGUAAUAGAGGAAGAUCAAACUGCGUUGCGGCAUAUCCUCGCGUGUCGGCGCUGGCACCGAAUGUGGCAGAAGGCGAAAGCUAUAGUUACUGUCAGUGACACUAGAACUGUACCGGAAGAAGAAAAGUUUGACUUCACUGCUCUCUCGCAAUAUCUUAAUCGAAGCAGAGAGAUUGAAGUGAAAGAUGAUAUUAAUGAAGAAGACUGGAGAGAAAGACUGUAUCGCGAGGCGCUCGUAUAUCAAGGAUUAGAGGGAAUGCAGUUGGUAAUAUUGCCUUAUGGAAAGGUGGACAAAAAGGUGUUAGAUAAAGCCAGCUGGAUUCGCAAAAGGAUAGGAGAUAUGGAAAAUCCGUUUGAGUGCGUGAAAUGGGGAGCAAGGUCACAGAUACCCGUCUCUGUAGCACCAGACCUAUUGAGAGAAGUUCAAGUAGCCAGUAGAUCAAGAUAUCCAGGUAAUUCGUGA